AUGGCGGAAACUGUGGAAAAGAACGAAACCGAAUCCGCACAACACCUUGAAGAUGUCAAUGUCGUCAAGAAGGUUCAUGCUGAUGGGCACGUUGAUCUUGUCGAUGCACACGCAAUCGGCGGUGCUCUAGAUAAUAUGCCCAAGGGGUAUUACUGGAGCCCCCAAUUCAUUGGCACUGUGACUGUGCGUUUCCCUCUACUUAUCAAUGCCGACAUCGGCCCGUCAAAGAACCUCAAUUGGGUCGCUACUAUUUGGACAAUCGGUUCUGCCAUUGGGUUCCUUCUUGUUGGGCGUUUGUCUGACAUAUUCGGCCGCAAAUGGAUGGUUUUGGGCACCUCAGUGCUCGGUUUGCUAGGGUGUAUCGUUGGAGGAACCGCACAGAAUAUCGACACUCUGAUCGGCGCGAAUCUGAUGAACGGAAUCGCUGCUGCAGGCCAACUAUCAUUCGGUAUCGUACUGGGAGAGCUUGUGCCAAACAAGCAUAGGGGUCCAGUGGUGACAUUGGUCUUCCUUUCCUCCCUUCCUUUCGCCGUCUUUGGCCCAAUCAUUGCUCGACUCUUCAUCCAGAACACGGCUGCCGGCUGGCGAUGGUCCUAUUAUCUUGGCAUCAUUCUGUCAGGCGUGACUAUCAUCCUCUACCAGUUCCUCUACCAUCCUCCCACAUACGAUCAGCUUCACGUUCAAGGAAAGACCAAGUGGCAGCAGUUUAAGGAGCUUGACUUUGUGGGUAUCUUCCUCUUCAUCGCGGGUACCGUCGUCUUCCUCAUUGGGUUGUCCUGGGGAGGAGGAACAUAUCCCUGGAAGAGUGCCGCAGUUAUCUCUGCCCUAAUCCUAGGUGCUCUUACCCUGGUGGCCUUUGGUUUGUACGAGCAAUAUGUAUUCAAGGGACAAGCAAUCAUGCCACCAAGACUCUUCAAAAAGCUUGAGUAUGUGGCUAUCGUCAUGGUUGCAAGUAUCGCAGCAAUGGUGUACUACGCCCUUACUGUUCUAUGGCCUACAAUCCUCGGAACGAUCUACACUACUGAUUCUCUUAAGAUCGGAUGGGCGUCUUCUGUCGUUGGCGGUGGCAUCCUUCUCGGCCAGACAUUCGGUGGUCUCGCGAUUUCGUAUCUACCGAAGGCCAAGUGGCAGACCAUUAUCUUGUCAGUGAUGUGCACUGCAUUCCUAGGCGCUGAGGCUGGCCUCCAGCCCGAUGGCUAUGCUACCUUCAUCACUCUAGGUGUUCUAGCAACCUUUGUUAUUGGCUGGGUGGACAACAUCGUUUUCCCAGGCGUCACUAUGAUCUACGAAUCCCAAGAUAUUGGUCUUGCCACCGGUGUUCUCGGUUCAAUCCGAGCCAUUGGAGGUGCGGUCGCUCAGACGAUCUACGUCGGCAUCCUGACCAACAAGCUCAACACCUAUCUCCCCGAAUACGUAAUCCCAGCCGCGACCUCGACUGGCCUACCGGCGUCAUCACUCCCCGCAUUGUUCGAGGGAAUCACGCUCGGCAAUUUCACCGCUGUUCCGGGCAUUACUCCUGCAAUUAUUGCGGCGACUGUGUUGCUUAUCUUCUUCGCUUGCCUCUCGCCGAAUUUCGAGAAGUAUCUGAGUAUGAAUGUGGCGAAGAGACUGCAAAUGAAGGGCAACAUGCAAGGCGUGGGCAAGGAAAACGAGGGCGAUGCAGUAUAG